GGUGGGGAGACAGAAGAGGAGAAGAUUCGUGUCGACGUUUUGGAGAACCAGGCCAUGGACGUCUCCAAUCAGCUGGCCAGAGUCUGCUACAGUCCUGACUUUGAGAAACUGAAGCCAGAAUAUUUGGAGGGAAUUCCUACAAUGAUGCAGCACUUCUCACAGUUCCUGGGGAAGGGGCCAUGGUUUGUUGGAGACAAGAUCACCUUUGUGGAUUUCCUCGCCUAUGACGUCCUUGAUCUCCACCGUAUAUUUGAGCCCACCUGCUUGGACACCUUUCCAAACCUGAAGGACUUCAUCUCCCGAUUUGAGGUGAUGCCCCUGUACUCCUUUCUCUUUGGUGCCCCUUGUUUGAGAUGCUUUCCUAGUCCUGGAGCUACACUGAGAAUAACUCGCAUUUGUUGAGUGCUGGCUUCAUGCCACAAACUGUGACUCGCACAUUAUACCUAUGGUGUCGAAGUUGAACUUUACAACAUUCCUACAGGGUGACAGAAUU